ACAGGUGAUGGAGACAGCCCAACAAUGGACUAUCUUCGUGUUUGUCUUGCCUUGGUGCUUAUGAACUGUGGUCUGCUGAUGGCCUUUCCAUCACCAUAUGAUCACACUGUAAUUACAUGUCUGGAUUCAGACCUUCAUCUCCGUUGUGAUUAUGGUGUUAUCUUCGUAAAGUCAUCAAGAUUUGGUUGGCGGAGCACCCGCACUUGUGGGCCUGCAAGGUCUCGUUUUGAAGUAGAUCCUGAUAGGUGUUAUCCAGAAAUUUCUCUAGUACCUGAAUGGUGUAAUGGACGAGCGGAGUGUAUGAUCAACAAGGAAAGGAUUGCAAGACCACAUCAUUGUUUUCACACUCAUUACAUCACCACCCAUUUUUGUGUCCCAGCAAAGACUAUUAAGGUUUGUGAACGUGACCGUGAAAUCUUAAGAUGUGAACAUGGUAGGAUUAAGAUACUUGCUGCAAAUUAUGGACGUACAGACGAUACCACCUGCUUGAGAAGACGACCAUACUGGCGGCCCCUGAACACAAACUGCUACUCACCCAACACACUUGAUCUUGUGUCAAAAAGAUGUGAAGGGAGAAAACACUGCUCAGUGUUUGCCUCCAACGAUGUCUUCUCUGAUCCCUGUGUCGGCACACGCAAGUACCUCGAGAUUACCUACACUUGUCGAUCACAUCAUCAUGACUGAUCUUGAUAGCGUCUCAACUUCUGUCUGUAUCAAGAAUGCAUGAAGCCACCGUUGUAAAGACUAAUCAUGUUUGUUACAAAUGGCUACAAUUUUUAUUGUUGUAGGCUAACAUGAUAUGUAUUUGCUCUUACUGUGGUUGUUCCUAUUGUCCCUGUGUUUUGAGUUUUGCUUCCAAUAAAUCUUAAUUAAA